CGGGCCCUGCACCCGCGGCUGGCACUACGCGCUGCCCGCCGCCGGCCUCCGCGCCAACCUCGUCACGCAGUGGGACCUGGUGUGUGCCUCGCGCUGGAAGGUGCCCCUGGAGCAGACCACGCAUCUGCUGGGCUGGACGCUGGGCAGUGUCACCGCCGGCAUGGCCUGUGACAGGUUUGGCCGCCGUGCCACCUUCCUGCUGUCCCUGGCACUGGCCGUGCCCGUGGGCCUCGGCGUGGCACUGGCUGUGGACUUCCUCAUGGUCCUGGUGGCACGGCUGCUCUUCGGGGCCGCGCUGGCAGGAGCCUUCCUCGCCCUCUACGUGGCACGGCUGGAGCUGUGUGACCCCCCGCACCGGCUGGGGGUGACGAUGGUGGCCGGAUUCUUCUGGAUCGCCGGGGAGCUGCUGCUGCCGGGGCUGGCCCUGCUGUGCCGGGACUGGCGGGUGCUGCAGGGCGCUGUCACCAUGAUCCUGGCCCUGCUGGCUGCCAGCUGGUGGUGCCCCGCACUGCUGCUGGAGUCACCGCGCUGGCUGCUGGCCACACGGCAACUGGAGAGGGCCAGGAAGACCCUGCAGGCACUGGCUGAAGACAACUGCCCCCAGGACAGCCUCCUCGCGGAGCUGGAGGCCCUGUCCGAGGGGCCCCCGGGGCCCCGGUACCACUCGGUCUGCGAGAUCUGCGGCACCAGGGUCAUCUGGAAGAACGGCGUCAUCCUCGGCUUCGCGGCGUUCAUCGGCUCCGGCAUCCGGCACUGCUUCACCCGCAACCUGGUCCCGCACCUGCCCCACUUCUUCUCCUCGCACCUGGCGCUGGUGGGCACCGAGGCGGCCGCCUGCCUCUUCGUGUGCCUGACGGCCGAGCGCUUCGGGCGCCGCGCCAUCCUCCUGCUCUGCACCGUCCUCACCGGCAUCUCCUCCCUCCUGCUGCUGGCCCUCACCCAGUACCUGCUGGAGCUCAUCGUCCUGACCCUGUCCGUGGUGGGCACGGCCGCCUCCCACGCCGUCACCAUGCUCAGCAUCUUCUUUGCCAGCGAGGUUCUCCCCACCGUGAUCAGGGGCGCCGGGCUGGGCCUGGUCGUGGGGGCCAAUUUCGUGGGCAAGGCGGCGGCGCCCAUCACCGCCAUCCCCAACAGCCGCGGCUUCUUCCUGCACCACGUCGUGUUCGCCUCCUUCGCCAUCCUGGCCGUGCUCAGCAUCAUGUUGCUGCCCGAGAGCCAGGGCCGGGGGCUGCCCCAGUCCCUGCAGGACGGCGAGAGCCAGCGCCGCCCGCCCCUGUUCCGCCGCCCGCCCCGCGAGGACCACCUGCCCCUGCUGGCCCCCCACGCCAUCCCGCACGACUAUUCCCGCCUGGCCGCCUCCGCCAAGAGGAUGCUGCGCUCCCCGGACGCCCCCCGCGAGAUGUAA